AUGCAGAAGCCCCCAGCGCCAGACCGGCCCGUGGUCAGCGUGGACGAAGGCCCUGGCAGGCUGAGGAUCGAUUGGCGCAUCCCGGAGGCGGACCCGGAGGUGACUGCCUGCACUCUGAAGCUGCGGAUACUGGGCAGCCAGCGGUAUCAGAACUUCGACUACGCCACGGGGCGUCUCGUGCCCAAGGGGGGGUCCACCGUCCCAGCUCCCACCUGCGAUGUCACCGUAGACGGCUGCGAGGAGGGCCUCGCCUACGAGGCGAUUGUCGCCGCGAUGAAUAGCGACGGGUGGGGCGCCGCCUCGGACGUAAGUUUGCCGGUCACCAUUGGCGUUCCGAAGAUCAGGGAGAAGCCGCCAGCACCAGGGCCGCCGAAGCUAGUGGCGCUGGACAAGGGCAGGUUCAAGGUGUCGUGGAGCAUACCGCAGGCGUGCCCGCCAGUGGAGGCCUCGCAGGUGCAGCUCACCGACCUGGGGAGGGGCAAGAAAUGGCUCGUCGAGGCCGCCACGGGCCGGCUGGUGGAGUCGGGCAAGACAACCUUCACCGCGACCCGCCUGGAAGCCACCAUCAACAAUGCCGAGGACGGCGUUGAGUACGUCGCGGCGGUCUGCUGUCGAAACGCGGAGGGCUUCGGGGAGUACUCCAUUGACAGCGACUCGGCCAUGAACGCCGCGAAGAGGAGUGGCAGCGGCAUGGAGCUCGUGCUGGCCGUCGGCGCGCCCACCUCGGAGGUGCCGGCCCUGAAGCCGCUCGGCGAGGGAAGGAUGCAGGUCAAGUGGGUUCUGCCGGAGGAAGCCAAGGCGACGAACUGCAUGCUGCGCCGCGUAGGGGACAACAACUGGUACCUCUGGCCGAAGACCCCCAUCCAGGCCCCGGAGUGCCAGGUCGUUGCGACGGGCCUGGAGGAGGGCAUCGAGUACGAGGCGAAGGUUGCCUUCAUCGCCAACGGCCGCAGCUGCGGCGAGUCCCCCGUCAGCAGGCCUGCAUGCAUAGGCGAGCUCAAGAAGCCCGGCGUGCCAGCCGCGCCGAAGGAGCCGAGGCUGCUGGUCGUGGACGCGGAGAAGCGCCAUUUCAGGAUCAAGUGGCAGACGCUCACCGCGGUGCCGCCCGUCACUGGCACGGUGGUGAAGUUCCGCCCCCUGGGCGCGCGCUCUUGGAAGUACGUUCACCACUCGACCUGCCAGCUGGUGGAGGAGGAGCCCGAGCCCGUCCCUUCUCCUGCCAUUGAGGUGGACCUGCUGAACAUGGAGCCAGGCGUGCGGUACGAGGCGGUCGUUUCGUUCAGAAACAAGCUUGGCAAAGGGCCCGACUCGCCGCUCAGCGACCCUGUUUGCAUAGGGAGGCCGACCCCGAAGUAUUUGAAGUGUACAUCAUGCGGAUGCGACUACGACCUGCAGCACGCUGGGUACUCGAAGAGUGCGGAUCACUUCUGGUGCCCAGUGUGCCGCUUCAGGCAGAUGGACCCGUUCAAUGCGGUGGUAGAGCCCUAUGGGAUCCUCCUCUGCCACAUCGUCAUGCGAGACUUGAAGGCGUGGCGGAAGGAUGACCAGGCCAUCUACAUGCGAAUGGUGAAGAUCGAUAGCGACAAUUGCGCCCAAGUGUGGCCGAAGAAGCUCAGUUUUGAGGCCAACGGUUCCGAGGUCUUCUCCGUCAAGGAGCCCGAGGAGGGGCACGUGCGGCGGGACAUCCCCAAGGACAUAGCGGCGGGCUUGAGACCAGGUAUGAACACCAUCAACAUCACCAUGGAGGACGAUCACCUCACAGGCUACGCGAUGUCCCUCGUCCGGACGGAGACGAAGACGGCGAGCCAGCUGGCCGACGAGACACCCCUGUGUGACGAAGAGGAGGCACGCGAACGGGUGAUGAGACUGCUUGGCGACUACUAUUCCUCGGCAGCCGGCGGCGACGAGGAGGAUGAGAUCACCUGCGUGAUCUCCAACAAGCUCAAGCUUCGUUGCCCGCUGUCCUUUGAGAGGGUCGUGAUCCCCGUGCGCGGGGACAAGUGCGCGCACCUGCAGUGCUUUGGGCUGGGCGCGUAUCUGGAGAGCAACAUGAAGAUGCGGGCCGUCAACAAUAGGUGGACGUGCCCUGUCUGCACCAAUAGCCUCAAGCCAAGCGACCUCCGCGUCGACAGCUACGUGAAGAAGGUGCUGGAGGAGACGCCUCCUAGCGUGGACGAGGUCGAGAUCCUGCAGGACGGCUCCUACCGGUGCAUCGAGGAGGUGCCAGAGGGCUUCCAACCAGCCCGCCCCGAUCCUGACGCCGAGGCAGCGGAGGCAGCCGCCGCGGCAGCGGAGAAGGACGACGCCAUCCAGGAGCUCCCAACCACGAUUGAGGACGGCGAGGGGGGCCUGAAGCGGAAGCCGCCCGCCCCCGCGGUGCUGUCCAGGAAGCAGCGGCGCCGCCAGAGGAUGAUGGAGGUCCAGGCUAACGAGAACGACUCCGACUGA